AUGAUGACUUGUGCUGUUUGUUUGCAGUUUGCCUGUACUUGGCUGCGCACAGUGCUGCAAACACAUUCCGACGUGUUUGUUCAGUGCUUGUUACCUGAUCCGCCAAGUUACGCGAAGGUCGGCGGCAACUGGGACAAGAUGUCGAAGAGAAAUGAGCAGCUCAAGGAGGGACUGUCCAAGAUAUUGGCUCUGAUUCCGUACGAUUUGAUUUCUUAUGAAACAUGGGAGAAAAUCAUGCCCAUGUGGUUCGAGGUCAUAUCGAUGCAGAUAUCAGAGAGCGACCUUGCCGAACUGAAAGUAUUACUAUGCAAAAUUUUCGAGGUAAACUUGUGCUCUCUGUCUUUCCCACCGCAGGAGAUCUAUCAUUUCAUCGAGGUUCGACUGACAUGUCAAGACUACCAGGAACAAGCGAUGGCCGUUCGUUGGUUGCAGUUGUUGACCGACAUCGAUAUUCUCAUCCCCCUCGACGUUCUUCUGAACUUGCUGAAAUGCACCGCUGAAAAUGUACCCACUUUGCUGCAGACGAAAGCCGGCUUUUUCAAGGCCUCUAAGGAAGCUUCAGUAGAACGUGAUACACCAGACGACGAAAUGUUUACGAUGUCACCUCAAAGUUCAGACGAAAUUCCUCUAUACCAACAGUCGAUUCUGGGACCUAUCGAAGAAACGAACGUCACGCUGUUUGCUAUUAUGCUCGAUGUUCUGCUGAGGCAGAUGGAGUUGUGGGAUGUACCUAAGAAUCAAGGUGUCGAAUCAGGCUUGAUGCAAAGCGUGCUGAUCUUGUUGACGGUGAUGAUGAAAGCUCCAUGGUCAGGAAUUCAUGUGUGCGAAAAUCCAGAUUUCGAUGACUUCGCGGACUGUAUGUACUGUCGUGUUGCGACUGUGUUUUGUCAGCUGCUCGUGGAAACGGUACAAGACAUAUGUCCUAGGUGGUACUCAAAAACCGAGGUGUCGACGACGUACUCUGAAACAAAGGUAAUCAACCAAGGCAAGGCUGGUAGGAAGUCGUUCGAGAGCGUGGGUUCCCUUGUCACCGGCAUUGCACCGAAGGAUUCUUCGAAAUCGAGCACCUCCGUCGUUUUAGAGGUUUUAACAUCCAGCGCUGAUGGCGGUAAGGGCCCUUUCGGAAAGACUAAUGGUGCUCUGAAAACUGCCGUCAUCCACGAAGAAUCACCGCCGAUCGAGUUCGUCGGUAUUUUACCUACAGAGGAGCCUGAAAUCGGCAUCGCCGAGACGGUAACAUUGACAGAAACAGAUAUGGAGUUGGCAACAUGUAAGGUGGUGACGACGACGCUCAUCGACGAGCAGGAAAACGAAGAAGAGGCGGAUAAACAGCCAUCGCCGACGUUGACAAACAAUUUUUGGCCGACGUCCGUCGGCAACUUCCGUUUCUGCCUCGAAGAAUCACAUGGACAGCUGCAAUUGCUCUAUCACCUGAUGAACAAAAUCGAAAACUUCCGCAACCCUGACGUGAUUUACUACAAGCUCUGUGCCGUUAAGUACCUCUGUCUGCACGGCAAAUCGCUGUCUAAAAUUAAUUCUGACGAACGGGGCUUUUUGAUCUGGGCGCAGGAAAACAUACUUAUACCAAAGUUUUGGACCUUGUUGCAAACACAGUACAGUCAGAUCGCUGAAGUCUGUACGCCGCUCAUCUUGCACUGCCUGAACCUACCGAGCGGCGCUGACACUUACUGGAAGUUGAUCGAUGAAGAUUUUUCAUCCUCUGAUCCAAUGGUGCGCUUCGCUGCUGGUACCUCAUGUUUUAUUUCUUUUACUGUUUCCUUAUUAUGACU